AUGACUUUAACUUCAAAUGUGGAAGUUGAAGUUUAUAUGGAGGAUUUGAAUGAAACAGAUGAUGAGUCUGAUGGAGAAGAAUAUGUUGCUUCUACAAUGGACAAGACAAUAUGGGAUCCUUUUUUGAAUGAUUUGGAAGGACACAAUGCUAGGACAUGCAAGAAUGAAAAAGUUAUUCCCCCUCCUAAGGAAAAGAAGCCUCCUGGUAGGCCAAAAAAACCACAUUCUGAUGAAACACCUUCAAAACGACCAACUACAAGUGGUGGGAGAAGAGGAAGAGGAGGACGAAGAGGACCAACUAGGGCAAGAGGUGGAAGAGGAUCAUCUGUAGGUACAAGUGGUGGUAGAGGAGGAAGGUCACUUAUAGAUGAAAUCUUUGAUUCACCAACAGAAAAUGAAUUUAUAAACAUGUUUGAUAAUUUUGAGGAAGAAGUAUUUAGGGAUGAAAUGGAAAGGGGAGAAACUAAUUGGGAAGAUCAAUCUCAUGUGGUUGGCGGGAUAGCAAUUAAUGUACCUAUUAUCCGUGAAAAGUUCAAACCAAGAAAGCCAUCUGGAUGA